AUGGAGUUACAGAAUAUCUACUACGAUAGUCGUCAGUACGUAGAAACAGCAAGCGGAAACAAGGUCAGUCGCGAAUCCGUCCUCUGCGGCAGCCAAAAUAUUGUUCUCAGUGGGAUGACAAUUAUUAUGUCCAAGUGUAUUAUCCGUGGCGACUUAGCUAAUAUUCGCAUUGGCCGGCGCUGCGUAAUCAGCGAGCGCGCAGUCAUUCGCCCUCCCUUCAAGAAGUUCUCCAAAGGCGUGGCCUUCUUCCCGCUUCACAUCGGCGAUCAUGUGUUUGUAGGCGAGGAUUCCGUCAUCAAUGCUGCCCAAAUUGGUUCCUACGUUCAUAUCGGCAAGAACUGUGUUGUCAGCAGACGUUGUGUACUCAAGGAUGCGUGUGCCUUGUUAGACAACACAGUCCUGGCUGCGGAAACCAUCGUUCCACCUUUCAGCGUCUUUGGUGGCUCUCCCGGCAGAGUUGUUGCCGAGCUGCCCGAGUGCACACCCGAGCUGAUGACCGAACUCACACGAAGUUACUACGCACAUUUUCUCCCAUCACCAGAACAGCCCGCAAAAGGUCCCACUGAAUCGAAUCUUAUCUAA